AUGGCGCGCGCGCGCGUGGUGUCCAUCGACGACCUCGUCGUCUCCGCCCGCCACCUGCCCCGCCCGCUGCUGGAUACGAGUCUGGGGGGGGGCGCGGGGAGGGCGAGGUGGGGCUCCCCUGCUCCGCGGCCCGCUGCCGCGCUGCCAGCCACCUGCCAGCGUGGCAGCACCGGGUGUGGGGAGAGUGACGUGGAGAGGUGGGGCAUGGUGUGUGCGCGCCACGUGGCGAGUGGGCGGCAGGUGAAUGUGUUUGUGUACACCCACCCACUCGUCCACCCCACGAUGCACCCCAGCAUCAGCAUGCGACGGCAGUGCCCCAUCCCCCAGGGACUCUCAGAGGGGGCGACCUUUUCUCUCCAAAACGCCCUGCUGCUGCCCGCCGCAACCGCCUCUGCUGUCAGCUCAGGUGACCUUGCCAUCUGCCGCGGGCCUGCUGGGCUGCAAGCACAAGGGAAUGCAUCGAAUGACGCAGCACAUGACAGCAGGGGCGGUGAGGGCGGGCAGUCAGGCCAAGAGGUGGUGCGAGUGCGGAUGGUUGCUUGCUCCCACAUGCUGCUGCUCUCCCCUGCCCCUCCUCCCCCGGCCCCUCCUGCUGAUGCUAUUGCUUCUGCGACUGCUACUCCCCCUCCUCCUCCUCCUCCUCCUCCUCCUCCUCCUCCUCCUCCUCCUCCUCCUCCUCCUCCUCCUCCUCCUCCUCCUCCUCCUCCUCCUCCUCCUCCUCCUCCUCCUCCUGGUUUCAACCAUGUUCCGCCCAGGCUCCCCCCACAGCAUUCUGCCACAAGUGCAACCAUGCCUGCUGCCGUGCCUGCUCCCGUGCCUGCUCCCAUGCCUGCUGCUGCAGCAGCGACAGAGGGUCGACUAGCAGCAGUGCACUACGUGCGCCUGCUGCCUGUGUGCCCGCCUGCCCUGCCGCUGUCAGCACAUGUGUGUGAGGGGGGGGAGGCCUUGCUUCGCCCCACCCAUGGGCUUGGGCGGCAGCAGGCAGGGGGGCAGCAGGGAGAAAUGGAAGAAAAUGCUUGUGCGAGAGGGUGGAGGGCGGCAGGGGAUAGAAUGGAUGGGCAUGCAUCAAGGGAUGGCGAUGGUAGGGAGGGUUCUGGUGUGCUGCAUGAAAGGGAGGAGGAGGAGGAAGCGGUUAGUGGUGGGAGGGAGGAGGCGGAAGCGUGUCCGAUGGAGGAAGAGGAGAGCGGAGGGAACAAGGGUGAGGAAGAAACGGGAGGAGGAGAGAGAGAGGCAGAAGGGAUUGCAGAGGAGGAGGAAACUGGAAAAGAGUGUGCAGAGAAGCAUGUGGGUGGGCGGAAGGAGUGGUGGCAGGAGGUGCUAGAAGCGUUUAGGGAGGAGGAGCGUGAGGUGGAGAGGAGCGCAGUGGAGGGGUGCUGGACGGUGGGGCGUGGAGGCGGGGAGAUGAGAUGUGAUGACCAAAGGGGAGAGUGUGAGCGAGUGAAUCGUGUGAGCAUGGAAGGGAGUGGUUGGAGUGAUGAGGAUUUGGAAGAGAGUGAGAGAGAAGGGGACGGGAGGGCAGAGCACAGUGAAUUGAGAAGUGCAACGAGGAGGGAAGGGGGAGCGAGUGGAAAUGAGACAGGUGUAAACAAGGCGAGUGGAGACAUGGCGAGUGGUGACGAGUGGAUGGAAGGUGAUGAUGAUGGGAGCACAGAGGCAUGGAGGGAAGGGAGUGGAUGGGAUGAUGAGGAUGAGUGCGUGCGAGAAAGGCAGGAAGGGCAGGAGGGGCAGGAAGGGCAGGAGGGGCGUGCACGAGAGGAGAGUGAGGCGGAGAGGGAGGAGGAGAGUGAGAAGGAGAGGGAGGAGAGUGAGGAGGAGAGGGAGGAGGAGAGGGAGGAGGAGAGUGAGGAGGAGAGGGAGGAGGAGAGGGAGGAGGAGAGGGAGGAGGAGAGUGAGGAGGAGAGGGAGGAGGAGAGUGAGGAGGAGAGGGACGAGGAGUGGAAGGAUGAGAGGGACGAGGAGAGUGAGGAGGAGAGUGAGGAGGAGAGGGAGGAGGAGAGUGAGGAGGAGAGGGACGAGGAGUGGAAGGAGGAGAGGGACGAGGAGAGUGAGGAGGAGAGUGAGGAGGAGAGUGAGGAGGAGAGUGAGGAGGAGACUGAGGAGGAGAGUGAGGAGGAGACUGAGGAGGAGAGGAACGAGGAGAGGAACGAGCAGAGGAAGGAGAAGAGGAACGAGGAGAGGACCGAGGAGAGGGACGACAGCGGAAGGGAGGGCAGCAGGCAGAGGCAGCGCAGGGUGUGUGGGGCGUGUGGGUGCGACACGGAGAGGCACGGCGUGCUGGUGGCUCGGCUGCUCUGCUCCCUCGACAACGGCAACCGCACCUUCCGAGCAGCUGCCAGUGGCUCCGAAGCGGCGCUUCUCCUCUUCGCCGCCUGUCUGCCGCCCCUCCUGUGCUCCUGCCACCCAUGCCGGACGGCACAGCUUGGCGCAUCUGCAAAUUCGGCAUGGCAGGCAACAGAGGGAUGGGCGCGAAAUGCAAGGGGAGGGGGCGUGAGGGAGGCGGACGGGAGGGAGGCGGAGAGGAGGGAGGCGGAAGGGAGGGCGGUGUUGGGGUGGGGAGACGUGCAGCUUUUGAGUCAACUGGAAGGCCAGCAGGGUGUCAAAGCAGGGGAGAUGUGGAAGGCGGAGUGGAAGGAGGUGCAGCGGCGGGUGCGGAGACUGGUAUGUGAGCGGGGGGUGGUUGAGGUCGGGGUGGGUAGCAUGGGAUGGGGCGAGGAGGGGAGGAGGACAGGGGGAUGGAAGGAGGGGAGUGGUGCGAGGAAGAGGGGUGCUUCUGAUGUGGAGAGUGGGUGUGGUCAGGAUGUAAGGCAGGAGAAAACGGAGGAGGAGAAGGAGAUGGAGGCAGCAGAGAGGGGGUUAACUGGGGCAGGUGCUUCUGGGAAUGUGCAGGUGGCAUGUGGAGUGAUGGGCGUGAGUGGGGCAGUGCCGUCAGCUGCACAGGCGCACGUACGAGAUGCGGCAAACGUGUGGACAAGCAGAGCAGAGGGGGCAAGCAGGGCAGGGGGGCCACAUGCAUGCUUACUGCCAAACUCUUUGCUGGGUGCUGCUGCAACAGUGGAGGGGCGGGAAGUGGAUGGGAGGGAGGAGGAGGGUAGGGAGGAGGAGGGUAGGGAGGAGGAGGGUAGGGAGGAGGAGCGAAAGGAGGAGGAGGGGAGGGCGGAGGCAGGGGAGGUGCAAAUAGGGGAACGCCCUCUGCUGGCGCUGCUGAUGGCCAUGGCUGUGCGACAACGUCCCCAGAUGGUUCACCUCCUGCCAGCCACUGACUCCUCGCCCUGUGCACCACAAAACGGGCUGCAGUGGACAGUUGUGCAAGUCUCUGCAGUUGACCCCUUGAUAGAAGCGUAUAAGUCCCUACAGGCACUGAUGCCACUUGCUCCUACAAGUGCACAGACAGAUGCAGUAAUGGAUGCGCCAAUGGAAGUUUGA